AUGAGGAGCAUGAAAGAGAGCAGCCCCUUCUCCUCUCCCCAGCAGCACAGUAAGAUGAGGGUCACCAUCACUGGGAUGCUGCAGGGAAUUCUCUGCCUCCUUUAUGAGCUGUUGAUCUACAUCGAUGUCUACACAGAUAAACUUUCACCUACUACAGACAUUGAUAAUAUUUUAUUCACAGUCAUCCAUAGCCGCGGGAAGUAG